CGCGCGGCUCGCGCCCUCCCCUUUGUGUCGCCAUGGCGGCGGCGGCGGCGGCGGCGAGGACGAGCGAGGGGUCGAGCGCGGCCGGGGCCUGAGCCUGAGGAGGCUACGCGACCAUGGUGGCUCGCAGCACUGACAGCCUGGAUGGCCCAGGAGAGGGGUCUGUGCAGCCACUGCCUCCCACGGGGGGUCCCAGUGUGAAGGGGAAACCUGGGAAGAGGCUCUUAGCUCCUCGAGGGCCCUUCCCCCGGCUGGCCGACUGUGCCCAUUUCCACUACGAGAAUGUUGACUUUGGCCACAUUCAGCUCCUGCUGUCUCCAGAGCGUGAAGGCCCCAGCCUCUCUGGAGAGAAUGAGCUGGUGUUUGGGGUGCAGGUGACCUGUCAGGGCCGCUCCUGGCCGGUCCUCCGCAGCUAUGAUGACUUCCGUUCCCUGGAUGCCCACCUUCACCGGUGCAUAUUUGACCGGAGGUUUUCUUGCCUCCCAGAGCUUCCUCCACCUCCAGAGGGUGCCAGAGCUGCCCAGACGCUGGUGCCGCUGCUGCUGCAGUACCUGGAGACCCUGUCGGGACUGGUGGACAGUAACCUCAACUGUGGGCCUGUGCUCACCUGGAUGGAGCUGGACAAUCAUGGCCGACGACUGCUACUCAGUGAGGAGGCCUCCCUCAACAUCCCUGCCGUGGCUGCCGCUCAUGUGGUCAAACGGUACACGGCCCAGGCGCCCGACGAGCUGUCCUUCGAGGUGGGAGACAUUGUCUCAGUGAUUGACAUGCCACCCACAGAGGACCGGAGCUGGUGGCGGGGCAAGCGGGGCUUCCAGGUCGGUUUCUUCCCCAGCGAGUGUGUGGAGCUGUUCACAGAGCGACCGGGUCCCGGACUAAAGGCAGAUGCCGACGGCCCCCCAGGUGGCCUCCCAGCUUCCCAGGGUGUCUCCUCUUUGACCUCAGCUGUGCCCCGGCCGCGUGGGAAGCUGGCCGGCCUCCUCCGCACGUUCAUGCGCUCCCGCCCUUCUUGGCAGCGGCUGCGGCAGCGGGGAAUCCUGCGGCAGAGGGUGUUCGGCUGCGACCUUGGAGAACACCUCAGCAACUCAGGCCAGGAUGUGCCCCAGGUGCUGCGCUGCUGCUCCGAGUUCAUCGAGGCCCACGGGGUGGUGGAUGGGAUCUACCGGCUCUCAGGCGUAUCCUCCAAUAUCCAGAGGCUGCGGCAUGAGUUUGACAGUGAGAGGCUCCCGGAACUGUCCGGCCCCGCCUUCCUGCAGGACAUCCACAGUGUGUCCUCUCUCUGCAAGCUCUACUUCCGAGAGCUACCAAACCCCUUGCUCACCUACCAGCUCUACGGGAAGUUCAGCGAGGCCAUGUCGGUGCCUGGGGAGGAGGAGCGCCUGGUGCGGGUCCAUGAUGUCAUCCAGCAGCUGCCCCCGCCUCACUACAGGACCCUGGAGUACCUGCUGAGGCACCUGGCCCGCAUGGCGAGACACAGUGCCAACACCAGCAUGCACGCCCGCAACCUGGCCAUCGUCUGGGCACCCAACCUGCUGCGGUCCAUGGAGCUAGAGUCAGUGGGGCUGGGUGGGGCGGCAGCCUUCCGGGAGGUUCGGGUGCAGUCAGUGGUGGUGGAAUUCCUGCUCACCCACGUGGACGUUCUGUUCAGUGACACCUUUGCCUCUGCUGGCCUCGACCCUGCAGGCCGCUGCCUCCUUCCCAGGCCCAAGUCCCUCGCGGGCAGCGGCCCCUCUACUCGCCUGCUGACGCUGGAGGAAGCCCAGGCUCGCACCCAGGGCCGGCUGGGGACACCCACUGAGCCUGCAACCCCCAAGGCCCCGGUUUCACCCGUGGAAAGGAGGAAGGGGGAGAGAGGGGAGAAACAGCGGAAGCCAGGGGGCAGCAGCUGGAAGACCUUCUUUGCACUGGGCCGGGGCCCCAGCGCCCCCCGAAAGAAACCUCUGCCCUGGUUGGGGGGCACCCGGGCCCCACCACAACCUUCAGGCAGCCGAACUGACGCAGUCACGCUGCGGUCAGCCAAGAGCGAGGAGUCGCUGUCGUCACAGGCCAGCGGGGCUGGUCUCCAGAGGCUGCACAGGCUGCGGCGACCCCACUCCAGCAGCGAUGCUUUCCCUGUGGGCCCGGCACCUGCCGGCUCCUGCGAGAGCCUGUCUUCCACCUCCUCCUCCUCCUCCUCCUCCUCCUCAGCCUCCUCCUCCUCCUCAGCAGCUGAGCUGGGUGCACCUUCCGGGUCCCCCUCACACCGCACCUCAGCCUGGCUAGAUGAUGGUGACGAGCUGGACUUUAGCCCACCUCGCUGCCUGGAGGGACUCCGGGGACUUGAUUUUGAUCCCCUUACCUUUUGCUGCAGCAGCCCCACCCCAGGGGACCCUGCACCUCCUGCCAGCCCAGCACCCCCAGCUCCUGCCUCUGCCUUUCCACCCAAGACAACCCCCCAGGCUCUUUCACCCCGUGUGCCAGCCAGCCCUGCCUCAUCCACUGUCCUGGACAUCUCUGAGCCCCUGGCUGUAUCAGUGCCACCUGCCGUGCUGGAGCUCUUGGGAGCUGGGGGGACCCCUGCCUCAGUCACCCCAUCACCACCUCUCCCGUCAGCCCUCAGUCCUGGCCCAAGCCUGCGCCCCCGUCUCAUCCCUCUGUUGCUGCGUGGAGCUGAGGCCCAGCUAAGCGACACCUGCCAGCGGGAGAUCUCCAGCAAGCUGUCACUGCCUGGCCCCCGGGCGCCCCCGGACCGGCAUGGUCCUGGAAUGGAUUCACCACUGCUGCCCCCACCCCUGUCCCUCCUGCGUCCUGGGGGGGCCCCACCCCCACCCCCCAAGAACCCAGCGCGCCUCAUGGCCUUGGCCCUGGCUGAGCAGGCUCAGCAGGUGGCCCAGCAACAGGGCCAGCAAGAGCAUGGGGGCCCUCCACCUGUUCCCCACUCCCCUUUCCGCCACUCACUGUCCCUGGAGGUAGGCGGGGAUCCUCCAGGAACCUCAGCGAGUGGGCCACCUCCCCACUCCCUAGCCCCCCCAGGUGCUUGGACCCCAGGACCCCCAUCCUACCUACCAAGGCAACAAAGCGAUGGCAGCCUGGUGAGAAGCCAGCGGCCCUUGGGGGCCUCAAGGAGGGGACUCAAAGCCCCUGCCCAGGUUGGCGCUCAGCAGCUCAGGGUGGCUGGGGGGUGCAGGGAUGCACCAGGGACGGCAGCCCAGUCCCCAUGUUCUGUCCCCUUACAGGGUCCUACCCCCGGCUGCUUCUCCUCAGUCCCCCGAGAGUGUCUACCACCCUUCCUUGGGGUCCCCAAGCCAGGCUUGUACCCCUUGGGUGGUCCCCCAUCCUUCCAGCCUAGCUCCCCAGCUCCAGUCUGGAGGAGACCCCUGGGCCCCCCUGCAUCACUUGACAGGGGAGAGAACCUGUACUAUGAAAUUGGGGGUGGUGAGGGGUCCCCCUAUUCUGGCCCCACCCAAUCCUGGAGCCCCUUCCGCUCCAUGGCCCCCAAUAGGCUCAAUGCCUCAUACGGCGUGCUUGGCCAGUCGCCGCCGCUUCACGGGUCCCCCGACUUCCUCAUCGGUUACCCACCCCCUCCCUCCUGUCUACCCCCUGACCACCUCGGCUAUUCAGCCCCCCAGCACCCUGCCCGGCGCCUCACCCGGCCGGAGCCCCUCUAUGUCAACCUAGCCCUGGGGCCCAGGGGGCCCUCACCUGCCUCCUCCUGCUCCUCCUCCCCUCCCACCCAUCCCCGAAGCCGCUCGGAUCCCGGACCCCCAGCCCCUCGCCUUCCCCAGAAACAGCGGGCGCCCUGGGGUCCCCGCCCCCCUCAUAGGCUGCCUGGGCCCUGGGGCCCACCUGAGCCUCUCCUGCUCUAUGGGGCAGCCCCACCAGCCUACGGGAGGGGGGGCGAGCACCUCCGAGGGUCUUUGUAUAGGAAUGCGGGGCAAGGAGGGGAGGGGGCUGGUCUCCCACCCCCUUACCCCACUCCCAGCUGGUCCCUCCACUCUGAGGGCCAGACCCAAAGCUACUGCUGAGCCAGAGCUGGGAGGGACCUUCCUCACCGGAUCUUGGCCCAACCCUACCCCUUGUUUUGUAUUUUCUUGAGCUCCUGACCCCUUCCCCAGGUUUCUAACUUUGUAAUUUGCUUCUGAUGUGGUCCCUAACUUUUAAUCAUAGCUCCCCUACCCUGGGCUGAAGGGCACCCCCACCCCCAUCAUCCUCCACCCUGGGGGCCCUCGCACAAAUCUGAGAGGUCUAGGCCGACACCCUGACCUCCUUCUCCCCCCAGGAGCCCCCAGCAUGUCCUGACCUGUGCACAGGGGUGGGGGCUGGGGCAGCUCCCACCCUUCCCCCACCCCACCCCCAUUCCCAUCCCCACCCCACUAAA